AUGAUCGAAGGGGCCUCUCAAUCCGUCACUGAACUGGGAAUUGCCCCCUUGGUUGCUCGCAGCCUUGCCUCGUUGAAGACGCUCACCUCAACGCUGCAAUGUGACCAUGCCCAAGUCUCGCAGGUCGGCUCUUACCUAGCGAGGUUCAAGCUGUGGGCUGGCAAUCUAGGAGCCCAUCGCAGAUCCGGGAGUCGCUCUCUCGAGUAUCGUCUACGUGACGCGUCCCACAUCCGCAAACUUUCUUUCCUCUGUCAAGAGAAAAAUAUUAACGACAAGUUAGGCACCCUCAUCGCCAACGAAGACAAGAGCUCUGACAUAGCCAGCGAGAGCCACGACCAAGUGGAAAAUGACCUAGCCGACUACUUCAACGAUGAUGAAGACUCUGACAAGUCCGAGACUGAAAAGACACUUGAUGAGAUUGCUCACGUAAUAGCCUGUCUUCUACGGCUUUCUAUCACGAUACGCAACCCAGCCCCUCACGACCAGUUCCUGUCCCGGGCGGAGGAGGGUCUUAUCGAGUCGUUUGUGCACUGGGAUGCCAAGCAUGUCCGAGAAAAGUUCACCAAUGUGGAUAAAAAUCUUGCAGAUAGACUCGGUAGAGCCAUGGCUCGCAGGCGGCUAUAUUUUAAGUAUCGAAAGGAGCAUAACCACCGAAUGGCCCAGGGCUUAGACGAGGAUGAGGAUGAGCAGGCGACGACGGUGGCUUCAUCACUUCCCGAGCAUCUAAAGGAGGCAGGCGAGACACGUUUAGGUCAGUUCGGCAUAGUGGAUGAUGGUGGUUCUGAUACCUCGGCGACUUCGUAUGCCACCUCAAAACCUGAUUCAACCCAGCUGCGAGUCCCCUCAAUCCCAAAAGAAAACAAGGAUGGGCCGUUCAAGUGUCCGUUCUGCCGAAUGAUAGUGUUGAUAGACACAAGGUAUGCCUGGAAGAAACACGUUUUCAGAGAUCUUCGACCGUAUGUCUGUCUCUCAGAUGCUUGUAAAACACCAGAACAUCUGUAUAUGCGCCGCAAUGAGUGGAAAAUGCACAUGAGGCGAGAGCAUUGGAAGUUCUGGCACUGUCCAUUCGGAUGCGAUGAAGAGUUUGACAGAGCGGAAGGCUUUCAAAACCAUGUCCAGAUAGCGCACAAACAUAACAUGUCUCCGGACCAGAUACAUGCGCUGGGUGAACUAAGCAGCCUGGAUUCUGAGAAGCAGUACGAGAAGCAUAUAGGGCAGCAUCUCGAGCACCUUGCGCUUUUUACCUUGCCCGAUAUAGGGGAUGAAGGCAAUGAAGACGAAGAGGAGGAGCAGCCCGGCGCUGGAGAUGAGAACGAUGAGGAUGAGGAUGAGGAUGACGAGGACAUAGAUGAAGAGGAUUGGCUUAAAACGGACGACCACGGAAUCAAGGCCGCUGAGAGACAAUUUGAAGAUACUAAAAUCCUCUAUAGGCUGAGCAUAGAGACAGCAGAGAGGAUCAAGAAAGCCGGGGAGGAAGAUAACACUAAGAUAAUAUCUGAUGUGCGUGCCAAGCUUGAGGAAGAUAGGAAGGCCGCAGCAGCUGCUGCUGGAGGAUCACGAAAGGCUGAGGCCGAGGCUUCAACUAGACCUGCUAUAUCCGGUCCGCCCGAGGUAAACGUAGAAAGGAUUCGAUUAGAGGCCGAGAUCGCUGCUAUGGAAGAAAAGGUAAAGGCUGCCGAGAAGCAAAAAGAAGCCGAGGCGAAAAUCCGAAAAGAAGCCGAGGAGGCCUUCUAUCGAAGAAUGGAGGAUAUGGGAUUGGCCCAAGAAGAAGCCAAGAAAGAGAUCGAAAGGGCCAGGAUUGAGGCAGAAAAGGCUGCCCGAGAGAUACUAGAAGCCGAACGAAAGGCUGAAGGGAAACGCGCUCAGGAGCACGCUUGCGCUAUGGCUGAAGCCGAAGAGAAGGCUCGUCUCAGAUUCGAAGCUGAGAUGAAGACCACUGAGGACCGAAGAGAGGCUGAGGCAGGGGCUCGCAUCCAAGCUGAAGAAGAAGCCAGGAAGAAGUUUGAAGCUGCAGUAAAGGCAGCUGAAGAACAACGAAAGGCCGAGGCUCCAGCCCGCGCACAAGCCGAGAGGGAAGCUCGAAUGAAGUUCGAAGCUGAACUGAGGGCUGCCGAGGCAAAGGCCGGUGCCGCGAAGAAGGCUCAGGAGGAAGCUGAGCGUCUCAUGAUGGCUGAGCAAGAGGCUAAGGAAGCUACCGAGAAGAAAGCUGCCGAGUAG